AUGUCGGUGAAACCACCAGAGGAGGAAGAACUUCAGAUCGAGAGGAAAUACCUCAAGGAAAAAAAGAUCGGAGAGGGAACGUACGCGAAAGUGUACAAAGGUACUGAACGCGAAACUGGUCGUGCUGUUGCUAUUAAAAAAAUUAAACUCGUUCAAACUGAAAUUGGUUUUCAGGGCAUAGAAAUAUCAGCCGUGAGAGAGGUAAAGGUUCUGCGAGAACUGAGACACCCCAACAUCAUCGAGUUGAUUGACAUCUACUCUCACCAAACAAAUUUACAACUUGUGUUGGAGUAUCUGGACUCAGAUCUGGAAAUGAUAAUUAAGGACAAGAGUCUUGUGUUCAUGUCUGCUGACACUAAAAGCUGGAUGUUGAUGACAUUACGUGGUUUGGAUCAUUGUCAUCGAAAUUGGAUCCUUCAUCGUGACAUGAAGCCAAAUAACUUGUUGGUUGGAAAGGAUGGUCAGCUGAAAAUUGCUGACUUUGGUUUGGCACGUGAUUUCUCGGAUCCUCACGUCAAGAAUAUGUCACCGCGAGUGGUAACCAGGUGGUACCGAGCACCGGAACUAUUCUUCAUACCAUCACAAUACAGUUAUGCAGUUGAUAUAUGGUCAGUAGGUUGCAUAUUUGCCGAACUGAUGUUGAGAACACCUUAUCUUCCUGGAGAGACAGAUCUUGGACAGCUUGAAACAAUUUUUCAAGCACUGGGGACACCUACCGAGGAGGAUUGGCCGGGAUUUUCCGAGCUGUCGAAAAAUGUCCGCUUCCAAAAAUUCCCUAGGCCACCCCUGAAGCAACUUUUUACGGCCGCAGGAAAUGAUGCGAUUGAUUUGUUAGAAAAAUUAUUGACCUACGACCCAAACAAAAGGAUCACAACGCGUGAGGCAUUGAACCAUCCAUAUUUCAGGAACAAACCAAGGCCAACACCCCCGGAGCGUUUGCCCAAACAAGAAAAAAAGCCUUCGGAACAAGAAGUAAACUCAAAUCAACUGCCAACGACUCGAUUAGAACCCAAAGAUCCAGGUAAAAACAAGCGAAAAGCUCAAGAUUUAAGUGGUGAGGGUGCUUAUGUUUGGGAUCCCGAGGGCAAUAAGUACAUGGACUUUCUGUGUGCCUAUUCGGCUGUAAACCAGGGACACUGUCAUCCAAAAAUUGUGAAGGCCCUUUGUGAUCAGGCUCACAAACUCUGCUUGAGCUCUAGGGCAUUUUACAACGAUGUUUUCGGCAGAUACGCAAAAUACUAUUUUGGGUACGACAUGGUCUUACCGAUGAACACAGGGGCCGAGGCAGUUGAAACGGGGAUCAAACUUGCUCGAAAAUGGGGCUAUAUGAAAAAAGGAAUUCCUGAAAAUAAAGCGAUCAUCAUCUCAUGCUCAAACAAUUUUCACGGUCGUACAUUGACGAUCAUUUCCAUGUCAUCUGAUCCAGAUGCCCGGGGUGGAUUUGGUCCUUACAUGCCAAAUGUUGGAUCUGUUUGCCCUGUUUCUAAACGUGUUGUCAAUUACGGUUCAGUCAGUGACCUGGAGGAUGCAUUGAAAGCACAUGGUCCACAUGUAGCUGGAUUUUUGGUGGAACCGAUCCAAGGCGAAGCAGGUAUUUACGUUCCCGAGGACGGGUACCUGAAGAAAUGUUAUGAUCUCUGCAAGAAGUAUAAUGUUUUGCUAAUUGCCGAUGAGAUUCAGACGGGUCUUGCCCGUACGGGAAAAAUGCUUUGUCAAGAGCACGACGGUAUAAAGGCCGAUAUCACGCUGCUGGGUAAGGCACUCUCGGGUGGUGUUUACCCCGUGUCCGCUGUUCUCGCCAACCGAGAUAUCAUGCUCUGCAUCAAACCCGGUGAACAUGGUUCAACUUACGGGGGCAACCCAUUGGGUUGCGCCGUGGCCAUUGCAGCUCUUCAGGUGAUCAAGGAGGAAAAUAUGGUGGAAAGAUCUGCAAUAUUGGGGGAAAAGUUUCGACAGGCCCUCCGUAAAAUUAAAUCUCCUCUGAUCCUUGCCGCGCGAGGGCGCGGCCUAUUGAAUGCCAUUGUGAUCGACGAAACCAAGACGGACAAGACUGCAUGGCAAUUGUGCUUACUGCUCAAGUCUCGUGGAUUGUUGGCCAAGCCAACGCAUAUAAAUAUAAUCCGUUUGGCACCAUCGCUAAACAUCACCGAAGAUGAACUAAUGAAGGGAGUCAAGAUUAUCGAAGACGCGUUAAAAGACAUUGCUAAUAUGAAGGCUGAAGACAUUCCAGGAUAUAAGGAGGACUUGGAAUUAACAUCUCGUGUCACUUGA